AUGUCGUCCACAGGUGGACAACAAGGCAAUGCCAGUGAAAAUUCGUCGAAUUCGCUUUCGGGCAUGAUCUCGACCCUGGUCCCGACUGCCAUUCUUGCUGGUGCCUUUGUCACCGCCUUCAUCAUUGCGCGCAAGUACUUUCGCAGAGUCUAUGCACCUCGAACCUACCUCAACCAUUUGGGAGAGCAGCGCCAGACCCCAGCCCCGAGCGGGGGCUUCUUCAAAUGGAUCAAGGACUUCAAAAACCUCAAGGACGAGUACAUUCUGGACCACCAGUCCAUUGACGGUUAUCUGUUUGUCCGCUUCUUCAAGGUCCUCAUCGUCAUCAGUUUCCUUGGCUGUCUGAUCACUUGGCCCGUCCUUUUUCCGAUCAAUGCUACCGGUGGCGCGGGCCAACAGCAGCUCGACCUGCUCUCCAUGAGUAACAUCAGGGCCGAGGGUAAAAACGUCAAUCGCUACUACGCCCAUGCCUUGGUCUCUUUCAUCUUUCUCAGCCUCAUCCUCGUCAUCGUCGCCCGCGAGUCCUUCUAUGUUGUCAAUCUGCGACAGGCGUACCGUCAAUCGCCAUGGGGUGCCAGUCGUUUGUCCUCGCGCACCAUUCUCUUCACAAAUGUACCGACCACGCUGAGCCAGACUGCCCUCUUCGAGAUGUUUCCAGGCGUCAAGCAUGCGUGGGUGGCUUCCAACACUAAAGAACUCGACAAGCUAGUCGAGGACCGUGAUGACACUGCUCUCAAGCUGGAAACGGCACUGGUCCAGCUCUCUACCGAUGCCAACAAGGAAAGACUCAAGGCUGACAAGGGCAAGAAGCACUUUGUGGCGGCAGAGGUGGCCGACGGUAGCAAAUGGAUCAAUCCCAAGAAGCGUCCAACGCACAAGCUCAAGUUCCUCAUUGGAAAGAAGGUCGACACGAUUGAAUAUGGCCGCUCGCACCUGGCUGAGAUUCUCCCCAAGGUUACUGCAGAGCAGGGCAAGCACUGGAAUGGCCAAGGCGAUCUUGUCGGAGCCGUCUUUCUCGAAUUCGCGACACAGAGGAAUGCACAGGACGCCUGGCAGAUGAUGCAGAAGCGCAAGACCAAGCCGAACGACAAGCUACAGGCCCGCCAGCUCGGCGUCAUGCCUCAAGAGGUUGUGUGGGGUAAUCUACGCAUCAAGCCCGCCGAACACAUGGCUCGCUGGUUCGCAGCUACCGCUUUUAUUACCGUCAUGAUCAUCUUCUUCGCGGUUCCCGUCGCGUUUGUCGGUCUAGUCUCCAACGUCAAUUACUUGGCCGAUCGGUUCCCCUGGCUGCGAUGGAUCUUGGACAUUCCACAAGUCAUUCUCGGUGUGAUUACCGGUCUGCUGCCUGCUGUUAUGCUUGCAGUUUUGAUGGCAUUGGUGCCCAUUGUCUGUCGUCUGAUGGCGAAAUUGGCUGGUUAUGUCACAUACAGCCAGAUCGAACUCAAGACUCAGAGCUGGUACUUUGCCUUCCAGGUCGUUCAAGUCUUCCUGGUCGCUACAAUGUCCAGCGCUAUUGUGUCUGUCAUCGAUGAUGUGCUCAAGAACCCGGGCAUGGUCCUCAGCCUUCUCGCAAUGAACUUGCCCAAGGCCUCCAACUUCUACAUCAGCUACUUCAUCCUGCUGGGUCUCUCGUCUGCUGCUGGCACCCUCCUGAACAUUGGUGGCUUCGUCGUAGUCGUUCUGCUUGGCCGUAUUCUCCCCGGCAAAACCCCACGCAAGAUAUUCGAGAAGUUGACGAAGCUGUCGGCACCUGCAUGGGGUUCCGAGUUUCCCAAGUGGAUCAACUUGGGUGUCAUUGCCAUUACUUACUCUGGUAUCGCUCCUCUGAUCCUCGGUUUCGCCACUGUCGGUUUUACCCUCAUCUACAUUGCUUUCCGUUACAACUUCCUCUAUGUUUACGAGACCGAUAUUGACACCAAAGGCGAGGCGUACCAAAAGGCCCUCCGCCAGCUUCUCACUGGCGUCUACCUCUCUGAACUCUGCCUCAUUGGAUUGUUUGCUAUUUCCACGGCAGAGAGCCCUUAUGCCGCUGGUCCUUUGGCCAUUAUGUGUAUCAUACUGGCCCUGACCGUCGUUUUCCAGCUCACGAUGAAGAAAGCGCUCGAGCACGAAGAGGCACGCCUUGCCUACGGCAAUCCCGCGCCCCUAAACGGCCAUCACGAGGACGGACUGAACACAGAGAAGACGCAACCAACCGAAGGAGCCGUCUCCUCUCACGCCCCUCGGCCAUCAAAAAUGCCCGCUUUCCUCCGCAAACUCUUCAACCCGGAAUCGCAUUCUAUCCAACACUUGUCUGCAUCCCUCGAUCGAUUCUACCACACGCCCCAGGAACCUCUACCCGAAGAAAUCGCAAAGCGCGCCUAUUUCAACCCGUCCGUCACGAGCCCGACACCCGUCAUUUGGAUCGUGCACGACGACAUGGGCAUCAGCGAGCGCGAGAUUAGGGAGACGCGCAAGGCCGUUCCCGGCCUCGAGAUUACGGAUGAACAGGCGGUUUUCAACGAAAAGGGAAAGGUGUACUGGAAGGGUGUUGACGAUGGCAAGGCCAGGGAAGCACCCGUCUUUGACGAGCGGAUAACUUAUUAA